CGACGGUGCGCUCUUCCUGAAGGUACGCGCAUAACAUCUUAUCCCAGCAUGCACCUCGUGUCAUCAUGGACCAAAAUGACCAUGACAUGCAGGGCACGGAAGGUUCCGGGAGUUUGGGGGGACUAGAUGUCCGUCGGAGGAUUCCCAUCAAGUUGCUCUCCAAACAGGCAGUGAGGAGCAAACCCAUUACACGUUCCCAGAGACCCACGGGAAGGCAGGGUUCAACCACCCAGGCCGGUGAGGAGGAUGGCCAUAGCUACAAGAAGGAUGAAAGGUUUGAUUUCGGUGCCAAGGCCGGGGAUGUUUUUGCUAGUCAACGGCGUUACCCUCAGGCUAUGUACUGGGAUUAUAAGCUGAACCUGCUGGGUGAAAAGGAUGAGACGCCUGUGCAUUUCUGUGACAAGUGUGGGCUUCCUGUCAAGACGUACGGUCGCAUGAUUCCAUGUAAACAUGUCUUCUGCUACGACUGUGCGUUGCUUCAUGAGAAGAAAGGAGACAAGAUGUGUCCAGGCCUGGUCAUCUACAGCUGCACGGACCCGGUGCAGCGGAUCGAGCAGUGCCAGCGCGGCUCCCUGUACAUGUGCAGCGUGGUGCAGGGCUGCAAGCGCACCUACCUGUCGCAGCGCGACCUGCAGGCGCACGUCAACCACCGGCACAUGCGCGCGGGCAAGCCCUCGGGCGGCCGCGCCGACCCCCACCACCACCACCCGCCCUCGGACGUGUCCGAGCGCUUCCGCCUGCCGCCGCCGCUGCUGCCCAAGCCGCACGUCAUGAUGCCGCCGAGCAUGGGCCACGGCGGGCACGACCCGUACGGGCAGCCGCCGCCGCCGACCUCGCACGACGACCUGCGCGGGGGGCAGCCGCCGCCGUCGCCGGCCGACCUGGGGCCGUCGCGCUCGAUGGCGCAGGAGACGUUCCGCAUCGCCACGGUGACCACGCGCAAGCACAGCAAUCUCAUCACCGUGCCGAUCCAGGAUGACCCCACGGGGCCUGGGUCGGGCCGGGACAACCUCCCCCAGUCGGGCCCCGGCCCCGCGCAGUCUGGUCUGCAUCACCCCGGGGACUACGGCAACCAGCCCGUCGUGUCCCAUCCGCACCACAUGAUGGCGCCACCGCCACAGUCUCACUACGGUCCUCCCCCACCGCCACCUCCCAUCAACCCCCUCUCCCUGCAGCACCCCCCUCAGGGAUCGGGCACCCCCCACAUGGGGGUGUACAACCAGGCACCGCCCCCGCCGCUGUCCUCCGCGCCCCCACCCAUCACCCCUCCCCCAGGACACCUCAUGGGUCAGAUGCCCCCCUACAUGAGCCACCCCCCUCCCGGGCCGCCCCCGCAGCACGGCGGGCCCCCGGUGUCCGGACCCCCUCCGCACCACUACAACCCCCAGUUCUCAGAGGACCAGGGCACACUCAGCCCUCCCUUUGCCCAGCCGGGGGGACUCAGCCCCGGGAUGUGGCCGCCCACUAGAGGGCCUCCGCCCCCCAGGAUGCAGGGACCUCCACCCCAGGGGCAACUGCCCGGCCCCCACCACCCAGACCAGUCGCGAUACCGGCCCUAUUACCAGUAACGGCCACAGCAUCUCUCGCCAGCGUACUCUGUAUAGUAGGAUGCCUCUCGUCCGACUCUUUCCUGUCUGAUUUAAGGAAAGGCACACUGAUUCUAGCCCAACUGUGAUACUUCUGUGGAGCAAUGCUACUGUGGGCUGUGCGCAGCAAAUUCCACUCAUAUCUCUACUUCUUUUAUAAUGCUCUUUUUUUUGUUGUUGGAAAAUCGUGUAAAAGAAACAAGUUUUAGGGGUUUUUUUUCUUCCAUCUGCAUCAUUUGUCAUAGUGGAUGAGGGUGAUGAUGAUGUUCUUAGCCCAUGAAUGUCUGUAGAAGUGCGGGAAAGCCAUGACUGUCUUUUGAGCUUUGCAGGACUGGCAUAUGUUCAUUUCUUUCUGUAUAUUUUCGCAGUAUUGUUGAUUAAAAAGUCAUUCAUUCUUAAAAUAAUUGUUGACAUUUAGGGCAUUUUUUUUUUAGAUGAUUGUGAUCAAAUAAAAAAAAAACAAUGUCUGCUACAAUAAACCAAGUCAGUUUAACUCAUGAAGACAGAUGAUUACUUUCAAUUGGAAAUCGUUCAUUCAUACUAAGUGGACCCUCUUAGUUGUUUUGGUUUUUUUUUGUAUUAUUUUUAUUUUUAUUACAGUAGUCAAUACUGUACAGUUAUACUUGUGUCAGGGUUUAGGAAUUGCAAUAGUAUGGUGGAUAUACUAAGUGGAUAGUUCAGUAAUUAUUAUUUCCAUAAGGACUGUUUGUAACAGUCAAGCACAUUCCAUUUUGAGAGUCUUCUGAUCAACAUAUCGCCUAGUAGUUGCACUCAUUCUAUAGUCAUCCAAAAACAUGUUUUCUGACAGAUCUGUUUGCUGUAUUUUAAUUCAGUGCCAUCAGACCAGAUGUCAACCAAAAAAUAAAACUAGUCAUCAGUAUGAA